GGGGCGAUGGCUGAAUUGAGGGGCUGCAGGUCCCCGCAGCGCAUGCGAGGACGAGGGGCUUGGCUGCUGCCUUCCCGGAAGCAGAGGGAUGGGUGCCUCCAGGUGUGGGGACAAAUGUCCAGGCAGCUUCUAAAAUUUGUAAUUCUCCGAUGGAGUGACCUUUAAGUUGAGCAGGUUUCUCGAGCUGUCGUCAUUUUUUGUAAAGAGCCAAGACAGCCGUAACUUAGCUGGCAUUAGGAAAGGACUCAGGUCCUCUCCUGGAGGGCCCCUAGCGGCCUGGCCUUCGAAUAGCUGGAUCAUUCAUUCGUUGGUGCAACAAAUACUGUUGCGAGCCAGCUACGUGGCAGGCACUCUCCGGAGGUACUGAGGAUACAUGGAGUGAAAGAACUGGUUGACUUGCAAGGCUGCGUGGCUCCAGAGUCGUACGGUGGGGAGUGCAGCCCCGCUGGGUCCCUAAUCCAGCUCUCUGGUGGCAGGAGGGAGAUGACCUCAAUCUUGCGAAGCCCUCAGGCUCUCCAGCUUACUCUGGCCCUGAUCAAGCCUGAUGCGGUCGCUCACCCACUGAUCCUGGAGGCUGUUCAUCAGCAGAUUCUGAGCAACAAGUUCCUUAUUGUACGAAUGAGAGAACUUCUGUGGAGAAAAGAAGAUUGCCAGAGAUUUUACCAAGAGCAUGAAGGGCGUUUUUUCUAUCAGCGGCUGGUGGAGUUCAUGGCCAGUGGGCCAAUCCGAGCCUACAUCCUUGCCCACAAGGAUGCCAUCCAGCUCUGGAGGUCGCUAAUGGGACCCACCAGAGUGUUUCGAGCACGCCAUGUGGCCCCAGAUACAAUUCGUGGGAGUUUUGGCCUCACCGACACCCGGAACACCACCCAUGGCUCUGACUCUGUGGUUUCAGCCAGUAGAGAGAUUGCAGCCUUCUUCCCUGACUUUAGUGAGCGGCGCUGGUACGAGGAAGAGGAGCCCCAGUUGCGCUGUGGCCCCGUGCGCUACAGUCCCGAGGGCGGCAUCCACUGCGCAGCCGGACCAGGAGGCCCCGGCCCAGCCUGAUGCAGGCCUGUGGGUCUGGAAGACUGGGGGCAUUGCCCAUCCUUUCUCUUAGUCCUCUGGUCCAGAGCAUUCUCUUGGGACCUGAGAGGCCUGGGGCUCGUGGUGCCAUCUCGGCUAGGCACUGCCACCUGCCUGGGGGCCUAGCUUCUCACUGCCGCUGCCUCUAGAACCUAACUCUCUAUCUACCUCUUCUCUGGAAUGUUCAUGGCUGGGUCAGAGGGAUGAUGGCUCCUCUUUUUUCUGAAAACUAUUCAUCCUUUUUCAAGGAGGAGCUUGCCUAAUUGACUUGCCUGAAAAAUGCAGGGACUCUGUAUAAGCGACAUCUGGCCUGUCUUCUCAAUACAAGUCAGCAUCUAGCGAAUCCUCACGGCUGGGAGCACCUGCACGUGCCUUCUUUCUCUCUGUCCUGGAGUACUUGAACCUGUCCCGAAGCCAAGUUUCCCUCUCUGCUAAGUGAAGAGAAUUGUGUAGCAAUCUCCAGGAGGUUCACACACACAGUGUGCGGCUUAUGUCAUGCAGAAAGGCACCCUGGGACAGAGCUGAGUGUGGGCUCAAAUCCGUGCUGUGCACCUGGCACAGGGCUGCAUCCUGAAGGAAGGGGCACCUUUUAUUUGAAUAAAGGUGUAUCUGCCCAGUGGAGGCAUGUUUUUAUGACUCACAUUUUUCUGGUUUCCACAAAGCCACUAAAGGUCGCCCUGUCUCUGCGGUAGCUGAGGAUGACAGUUAUCAAUUGUAUGACGAACCACCUCAAAAUUUAGUGGCUUGAAA